AUGUGGGGCCAGGGGGGCUCCGGGGCACCCGAGAGGUGCCGCUCUGAGGGAGGGCGCUCUGGGGGUCCCGGCUGCGGCGUUCCCGCGGCGGGGGGAGCCGUGCCGCGCCGGGACGUGCCCGGGGCCGUGCCCGCUCCCGCUCCCGUUCUCGUUCCCGUCCGGGCGGGGCAGCGGCGGCGCUUCCUGGUGCGGGGGGGCGGCGCGGCGGGGCAUGGCGCUGGUGACGGUGCGGCGGGCGGGGGGCUCCGCCGGGGGCCCCGCGGUGAGUGCGGCACUGGGGCGGGCGGGGACGGCGCAUCCCGGCAGGGACGGCACGGGGGACGGGCGGGGGGUCCCGGAGUGACCCGGGAGGUCCCGGUGCGGGCUGGCACGGGGGCUCCUGGGGGAGUACGGGCUGGCACGGGAGCUCCCGGGGGAGUACGGGCUGUCCCAGAGCCGCGGGGGCCCCGGUGCUGGGGCACGGGGUGGGCCGGGGCGUCCCCGAGCCUCUGCGGGUCCCGGUGCCCUGGGGAAAUGGGCCGGUCCGGGGAAUCCCGGUGCGGGGAGCACGGGCUGCGCGGGGCUUUGUCGGAGCCCCGGGGGUUCCCGGUACUCCGGAAGGUCCCGGGGGUCACUGAACUGUGGUGUCUCUGCUGGUGGGGGCUUGAGGGACCCCCGAGCCUGGUCUAUACCCUGGGGUCACAUUUACCCCAGGAACUGCCUCCCAAUUUGCAGGAGGAAGAUGCUCCCAGACGCGCCCAGCUGCAGCGACGGCAGAGCUUUGUCAUGGUCAAGGGGGCUGCGCGGCUCCUGCCUGCGGAGGAGCCCCCCCCGGCCGAGCCCCCCCCAGCUGAGCCCCCCUGCCAGGCCCCAGGACAGCAGGAGCAGCACCUGCACCUCAUGAUGCAGCUGCUGCGCCCCCAGGACGCCAUUCGGCUGGCAGUGCGGCUGGAGUCGGCACGGCCGCAGCGGGUGCGGUACCUGCUGCUGGUGCGGCCGGAGGAGGCAGGAGCUGAGGCGGAGACGGCGCUGCUGGGAGUGGAUUUCGCCCACGAGGGGGCCACCCGCUGCACGCUGGGCAUGGUGCUGCCCCUCUGGAGCGACACCCAGGUGUUCCUCGACGGCGACGGGGGGUUCAGCGUGACGUCAGGGGGAGAGACACGCAUCUUCAAGCCCAUCUCUGUGCAGACCAUGUGGGCCGCGCUGCAGGAGCUGCACCGCGCCUGCGAGGACGCGGCCCGCGGUGGGCACAUCCCCGGCGGCCUCGCGUUGGCCUGGGCCCGCGGCUAUGCGGCGGCGCUGGGCUCCGAGCAGAGCUGCCUCAACGAGUGGCUGGCCAUGGCUGACCUCGAGUCCGUGCGCCCCGCCUCGCCCACGCCCCUCCGGCCAGCCAUGCCGGAGCUGUCGGAGCAGGCGGUGCGGGCGCUGCUGCGGGAGGUGAUGGCCACCGCUGACCUGGAGAACGUCACGUCCAAGGAGGUGCGGGAGGAGCUGGAGCGGCGCACGGGGCACAGCCUGGCCGAGCACAAGGACUUCAUUGACAACGAGAUGCUGCUGGUGCUGGCGCAGAUGGAUCGGCCUUCCCGUGUCUUCCCGCACCUCUUCCUGGGCUCUGAGUGGAAUGCAGCCAACCUGGAGGAGCUGCAGCAGAAUAGGGUCACCCACAUCCUGAAUGUGGCGCGGGAGAUUGACAACUUCUUCCCGGCGCUGUUCACGUACAUGAACGUGCGGGUCUACGAUGAGGAGGCGGCCGAGCUCCUGCCCCACUGGAACGACACCUUCCUCUUCCUCUCCCGUGUCCGGGCGGCAGGAGGCCGGGCACUGGUGCACUGCCGCAUGGGGCUGAGCCGCUCGGCCGCCACGGUGCUGGCCUACGCCAUGAAGGAGUUCGGGUGGCCCCUGGAGCGGGCACUGCGGCACGUCCGGCACUGCCGGCCCGGCGUCCUGCCCAACCCCGGCUUCAUGCGCCAGCUCGACUUCUACCAGGGCAUCCUGAGCGCCAGCCGGCACAGCAGCCUGUGGGAGCCCCGGGGGGCUGAGCAGGCGCCACACCCUGAGGAGGACAUCACGAGGGACAUGAGUGGCCUGUCACCGCUGUCCUCCCCGCUGGCGUCCCCGCAGCCCUCCGAGGAGGGGGCAGCCGGUGGUGGGCUGCUGGGGACCUCUCGCCGCCCCCGCAUCUCCCUGUGCUCUGUCAUGCGGAGCAUCAGCCUGCUGGAGACACCCGAGCCCCUCGAGCUGCUGGGAGAGCCCCUGGCCGCGGAGGUGUUUGAGGCCAUGGAGGAAGCAGAGGGUCCCUCUCCGAGGUCACGACCCUCUUCCCGCCCGCGCCGAGUUGUGCGCCAGGCCAGCCUGGAUGAUGGCCCCGCCCCGUUUUACGACCACACCCAUAGUGAUGGCCACACCCAGGGCCACACCCAUGCCCCUGGCCACGCCCACACAGAUGAACCCACGCCUUGAUUUGGGGGGCAUGGGACUGCACCUUCUCACUGCCGUAGCAACAAUCGGAUGGGCGUGGCCUAAGCCUGGGGGCGUGAGCAGCGAGCCGCCACGCCCACGCCCCGCCCACACCCUGGGGCUGGUACCUGCCUCUGCUCCAGCCCCACAUGCGCAAACACCGACACCGCUCCUGUACUGUCAAUAAAGUGUGGAAAUGGCA